AUUUAUUAUUUUGAAUUGUUACAAACCAUCAAAAACUAACAUGGCAAUCAAGUUUCAAAAAAGCUAUCCCGUUUUAUUCUAUUUUUUUCCAACAUUAACAAUAAUUGCCUUACUCUAUGUUUACAUUCCACAAUAUCAAACGAAGAUUGCUUAUCUGAUUUUUAACGAAACGCAGCAAUUUCAAAUGGAUUAUUUUCUCAACGGGUUUAUCCGCCAAAAUGCUGUGUUACCAAGAGCACAAGAAAGAAAAUCGAAUUGGAGUAUAGGGAUGCCAAACUUUAAAAUAAUUCUGAUGUGGGGAUUAAGAAGCGGUCUAAUAGGAAAUGAACCAUUAAUCAAAGCCGAAUGUCCUAUAACUUCUUGCGAGUUCACACCAGAUGAGUCGAUGAUUAAUAAGAGCGACGUUGUAGUUUUUUACGUCGAAACAUUAACGGAUUUCCCAACAAACCGUCAUCCUCACCAGCGUUUUGUUUUUUUUCAACUCGAGUCACCAAUGAAUUCCAAUAUUCUAAAAAUAAGUGACCACAGGCUACGCUACGGAUAUUUUAAUUGGACCAUGACAUAUCGUUGGGACUCGGAUAUUGUCCAUCGUGGGGAUUAUGGGUUCAUUGUCAAGAAACUAUCUAAUAAUAUUCGUAGACCUUAUGGGAUGAGAUCCAUACAAAUAAAUCGUUGGUUUUCAAAGACCUUUUGGAGGGAGAAUCAAUUCCAAUUGCCGUCAUCAGUUGAGAACAAUCAAAUUGAGAAUACAAUCAAAGGUAAAACCAAAAUGAUUGCUUGGAUUGUUAGUCACUGUUCAACACCAAUACGCCGUGAAGAAUACGUACGAAAACUACGUCAGUAUGUAUCCAUUGAUAUAUUUGGAAGCUGCACUAAUAACAAAUGUGUGCCCAACUGCGACAACAUGUUACGAAGUGAUUACAAAUUUUACUUGUCCUUUGAGAAUUCUUGGUGUCCAGAUUACGUCACAGAAAAGUUCUACAGACCGAUGAUGUUCGACACAGUGCCAAUUGUAAUGGGUGGUGCAAACUACAGCAAAUUCGCGCCACCUAAUUCUUACAUCAAUGCGCGAGAUUUUAAUUCACCUAAAGAGCUUGCUGAUUAUAUUUUACUUUUAAAUAGUACAGACACAAUGUACGCAAAGUACUUUGAAUGGAAAACAGAUUAUGAAAUAAUUUUAUCUGAUAAUUCUGGACUGUGUGACUUGUGCCGGAUGGCUCACGAUAAAACAUUGCCAUCCAAAACGUAUAAUGACAUACAACAUUGGUGGAUAAAUGAGUUAAAAUGUGAAAAUAAUUCGAGAAAAUAUUUUUGACUAGGCCAAAGUAAAUCUAAGAAAGUUUUACAGAGUCUUAUCCUUACAUCUUAAAUUUAAAAAAAAAAAAAAAAUAUAUAUAUGUUAAGACUGAAUUAGAGUUGCAA